GGGCUCAGGCACGGCUCGCGCGGCACGCGGUUGCCAUGGUAAUGAGCUCCCGGAGCCUAGUGUGGGUUUUGUGAGUCGGUCGGGUUAACCGGCCCCGAGGCCGCCCGGCUGGAGCGGCGGGGUCACCUAUGGGCCAGUCGAAAAGCAAACCCAGAGAGAAGAAAGAGGAGGAGAAGAGCACUACCACUUUAGUUACAAAGUCUAAGGAGAAAGUAAUGGAGAAGGAGGCCAAGCAGUCUGACAAGGAGUCGCAGCCUGCCGAAAGCCUGUUGUUCGCGACAUCCAAGCACUCAAGGCCGUCGUCUUCGUCUGAAGGUAGGGAGAUCCAGAGGAGACCGGCCGCGGCAAGGCAGCAGGGAUGGGACCUCUUUCUAAGGAUGAUGACCCGGGAGAUGGGUCAGAGAUGGCGACCACCACCACCAUGCCUGGCAUCGGCAUCGAGGACUCUGUGCUCCAUUGUGUCGCUUUCAACCUCAGGAAUGUCUUCCUUCACAGUGCCAAGGGAUCUGGAAGGCUGCAGCCUCACAGGCACACAGACCAUGCUGACCCUUAAGAGAUGUGGGGCCUUGCUUGCUAUUGGCAAGGAAGCCUUUCUGAGAUAGGCUUCAUCUGCCCAGCCUCUCUAAGAUGGCUCCAGCUCUACAAGUUUGUAAGGCAUCAGGGUAGACAAGGCCUUUGCCAGCGAGGAACUCCCCAUUUGAAGGCCACCGGUGACACCUGUCAUACAGCGUCAACAUCUGGAGGAAAUGCAGGUGGACAUGAAGAGAAAACCAAGUGAGUCUGGUGUCAAGAAAAGAUGAUGGAGCAGGCUCAGCAGUCACAGGAACAAAGCCACUGACACAUGCGACCCUGGAGGGAGCCUCAGAGCAUGAGGUCUGAGGAAGCCAGGUGUAAAUGUCCGUGUAUGUUAUGACCUCCUUUCUAGGAAGGCCUUGAACUCACAGUCCCUUUACUGCAACUCCCCAGGUGCUGGGCCCACGUUCAUUUGGAAAGGAUUCUAAAACCGCACAGGCUAGGCAUGGAGUUAUAGUGCCAGCUACUCAGGAGACUGAGGCAGGAGGAUCAUGUGAGCCCAACUUGGGCAACAUUGUGAGACCCUGUGUUUUCAAAGCCCUAGGGAGAGUGUCUACCAUACAAGAAGCACAAAGGUGUGGGUUCCUUCACCAGCGCCCCAUAAAGCAGACAUGGUAGCACAUGCCUGGAAUCUUAACACCUGAGGCAGGAGGAGCGUGAGUUCAGAGGAAGCUGUCAUUACAUGGCAUGUUCAAGUCCAGCCCGGGCUAUGUGAUGCCCUGGAGAGUUGACUCAGCAGUUAAGAACACUUGCUACUCUUACAGAGAACCUGGCUAACGUUCUCAGGAUCUAUUUGGUGGCUCACAGGCAUUUGUAAUUCCAGUUCCAGGGGAAUCAGUGCCAUCUUCUGACCUCUGUGGGCACCAGAUAUGCACAUGAUAUACAUACAUACAUACAUACAUACGUGAUAUACAUACAUACAUACAUCCCCCACAAACUAACCCAUGGUUGUCCACCUCUGAGGCUCUGGGUUGCACCAUAGUUGGGAACCUUGGGCUGGAUCUUUGAGUGAACAUUGGGUGACUGUAGGCUCUGGCCUUUGAGGCUUCACAGCCUGUUGCUAUCAACAGCACUUGUAGCCCAGAUAAGUCUCCCGAGGACACAGCCUAGAAAUAAUCCAACCACGCCAAGCAUGGGACCUCAAGUGACACUGCCUAGACAAGCCUGUCCUAAGUCUCUGACCCAUAACAACGACAGACAAGUUAUUUUAAGCUGCAAGCAUUUGGAGUCAGGUGUAACACAGCAGUCAUAUUCAGAUCAAGGGGUAAAUGGUGACAGAGAGUGGAAAUUUGCCUGUCACUUCCAGAGCACUCCUGUGAUCCCCAAGCUCAGAAGGCCAAGGCCGGAGGGUCACUCAUUUCAAGCAGAUUGAACUACAUCCUAAAGCCCUGAUUUGUUUUUUAAAAAGGUAUCAUGGCAGCUUGUAGAUGGGGUAUGUUAUUUUAUACAUACUGUAUCUAUAUGCUUAGGUAUUUUUACAUUGAAAAUUCCACAGAUAUAUACAAAGAGAUUAGGACACCACAGAUUUAUAGUCAGCCUACUCUACAAUGUUGAAUGUUCUGUGCCCCACAUGAUCUGAUCCCUUCAGCACAUAGACAUGGAAGGAGUUGGAGAGGUGGCUCAGUGGUUAAGGGCUUACGCUGCAUUUCCAGAGGACCUGCGUUCAGCUCUGAGCACCCAUAUCGGGUAGCUCACAACCACCUUUAAUUUCAGUUCCAAGAGAUCAGAUACCAUCUUGUGUGUGGGCAGUGCAUUCAUGCACAAAUUCAUAAUCUGACACACACAUAUACUUUAAAAUUAAAAUAAGAGAAAGGGGAUUUUCAUAAAUGAACCAAAGAGUGUAGACCUAGGCUGGGCCAUCUUCACAGUCAGUUUGGAUAGUAGAUGAUAAUAAUGAAGAACUGACCAUGGACUGCGGUGUAGACUGCAGUGUAGCUCUAUGGCAGAGCAGUUGCCUAGCAUGCUGAAGGCCCUGGGUUCUGUCUCCACCAUGAUAAAAAACAAAAGCAAUGGACCCUGCAUAGAGAGCAGCAACCCCCAACACCUCAGGCCCUGUGUGGCCCCCUUAGGAAUGUUCUCCAAGUGACAAAUUAGAGAGGUGAGGAACAGACCUGCGUGCCAGAUGUUAGGGUUAAAGGAACAGGGAGAAGAGGUGUGGGCAAAAGGGGGUGUCAGGAGGGGUCUCUGGCGGAAGAUGCCUGCAUGCUAUGCAGAUGGGGCUGCUCCCUGAACAUAGAUGGGCACGUGCCCCACACUCACGGGAACAAUGUCAGUUUCCUGGAUUGACACUGUACUAAUGUAAAAUGCUACCACUGGGGAAACCGUGUAAAGGGAACAGGGGGCCACCUCUUGCUGCUUUUGCAACUGUUUGAAUUUAUGAGUAUUUUUUUUAAAUAAAAAAGUUUAAAGACAUAAAA